UUUGAGAUCUAAGUAAUGUGAAAAUCAUUUAAAUAUUUCCAUUAAUGUAAAUUAUUCUAAAUUCUGAUUAUUGGCAAAAUUCUAAAUUCCAAAAAAAAAACACACAAAUUGCGCAAUAACUGAUAAAAAAUGGGCGAGAAAUGUCAAAAGAGUGUGAGCAAAAAUGUUUGCGAUCUAAAAGCGAUGGUUAAUGCCCAAAAUAGACGAAUCGAUGAGCUCAUAAGGUAUAUAAAGGAUGGUUGCAGCGCCGUCAAUCCAGCGGAUUUGAAUUGGACUAUAUGUAACUUGAACCCGUAUAUUGAGUGCCUUAAUCCAGAUAUCCUUUACCAUCUUACCUUGGAUACUAAGACAACCGAUUUUCCGAAGGUCUUUGGCGAUGUGCGCUUCGUGUGCUUGGGCGGCACAGGAGACCGUAUGAAUAAAUUUGCCAACUUCAUCAUAGGCGAGAUUGGUCUCACAUUGAGCAUGGCCGUUCAGCUAAUAGAUAUUUCCGCGGGGGGCCAUCGAUAUGCGCUGUAUAAGGCGGGACCUGUGCUGUGUGCUAGUCAUGGCAUUGGCGGCCCCUCAAUCAGCAUACUGUUGCAUGAGCUCAUCAAGCUCGUAUAUCAUGCGAAAUGCCAGGAUCCUGUCUUCUUUCGCUUGGGCACCAGUGGAGGCAUUGGCCUGGAGCCCGGAACAGUGGUGAUCACUACGCAGGCACUGGAUAGCCAGUUGCGGCCCGCGUACGAAGUGGUCGUGCACACAAAGCCGCAGCUGUGGCCAACCACACUGAAUCAGACGUUGGCCAAGGAGCUUUCAUCGCUAUCCGAUCCCUGUGAAGAUGGCUACGAUACUGUAUUAGGCAAGACACUCAGCGCCAAUGACUUCUACGUGGAGCAAUCGCGCCUUGACGGCGCCUUCUGCAUGUACACGCCACAAAAAAAGAUGUGUUUUCUGCAGCAGAUCUCUAAGAUGGGCGUUGCCAACAUGGAAAUGGAGAGCACCGCAUUUGCAGCUAUUCUACAUCAAGCGGGGAUACGCGCCGCUGUCGUUUGUGUAACCAUAGUCAAUCGCAACGAUGGUGAUCAGAUAGACACUCCGCCAGACGUACUCAAGCAAUUUGAUUUGAGACCACAAAUUCUAGUUGCUCGCUACAUGCGAAAGGUUCUCUUCAAAUGCGAUGAAGACAUCGUAGAAGGCUGUCCAUGUGAUCCCGUUCCAGAAUGUAACUGACUUGAAUAUUAAAUAUCUUUUUUACACAUCGUCUUUAAAGAAUACCUAAAUUUGUGUUGCAAACUACAUUAGCGAUCGAAUUACCAACAUACACACUGA